AUCGGAUUCUUGGGAACCAUUGUUUUGCCUCUUGUUGAUUGAUCUACCAACUAUACCACCACACGUGUGAUGACGAUGACAUGAACAAAACCACCAACCACUUAACUACAAUACUUACUCACAACAUGAUUGAGUUUUCAAUGAUAAUGAUGAAUACCACUUACUUUAUAAUGCAAAUCUGGCAUAGGAUGAACCGACGAGUCGUUUCGCACUUCCAUCCAUCCAGCAAGGCUGCCAAAGUCGGGCUCGACAACCCCACAAAGGGAAUCUGUAGAUCGAGGAAGAUUCUCCGAAUUCGCCGAAAUAGAUUGAUCCGACCUCGAAGAAAAAAAUUCUCACUGGAUAGUCUAGUCUGACCCUGUCAGUAACUGCACUUUACCUCAAAACCCACUAGGCCAGAAACUCUGCAUGCACCCCCCGCCUGAACGGCCUCGACUCGGGCCCGGCCCUUUUCC